AUGGGCUCGCCAUCUGGCUCGUCGUCGCUUCCGAGCACAUCCUCUGACCGUCUCUGCAAUCAGAGCAACUGUCAUGGUCCUUCUUUGCAUGGCCAGAGACACGUCAACGCUCCCCAGGCUGCUGUCCAAGGAGGACACGAAAGAGGGCAACAUAACACGCUCCGACAGCUUGAAAACGAGUACAGAAGGAGCUUUAGAGAUGAAAAAUACUACUAUACUCGCCGCAGACAACAAGAACCAACUGUUCUGAAGAAAUUCGAGCGAUUGAGAACAGACAAACCUCCCGUGACGCCGCUCGACCUCGGCAGGAUCCUCUUCCACAAAGGCGCGCUCGCCGGGUGGCCAACAUCACCCCCCAAUUCAUCUCUGCAAGUCAUGGCAGAGACAAACUCUCCGGAGACAAUAUGGCAGGCGUACCGAGCGGCAAUGCAACAAGAUGUCCACAUCCCCUCCGUCCUCCUCCAGCGCGUCACGCGCGUCCUCGUUCGGAAAUAUGCACCAACGCGAGAAACAUUCAUACGACUACACGAUGUCCUCAUCCAACUGCAGAAACAAGGCGACCCCAUCGCCCUCUGGCAAUGGAAUAUGCUCAUCUACUAUGUAGGCGAAGGCUUUCGAAAGCUGGACACGACGCACUACCACGCAGCACUCGACAUUUACUGGGAACUAAUGGCUACACAAAAGCUAUCAGACCCAGAAAAGCGCAUCAAGCCAAACAUUUGCACCUAUACGACACUUCUACACAUUGCCGCCCGCACCUACAACCCACAACACGUCCAGCAUGCACUUUCGCUGCUCAAAGAGUCCAAACUGGAACUCGACCGCGUCGCGCGUCUGACUCUCAUCCCCUUUUACACUCAUUGCCACGAUUUUGCAUCCCUACGCCGCAUCGCGAGAACCUUUGCAGAGCGAGGCGAAGACAUUGGAAUCGAUGGGAUCAACGCCUAUCUUUGGGCGUUUGGAAAGUGGGGACGGCUUGGAGUUGCCCAAGAGAUUUACUCCUGUCUCCGAAAUAAUCUCAAGCGCAAGCUUAAAACCGAAAUUCCCCCUUCUCCUAAUCCUGAACCCCCUUCAGCGGCGUCGAUAUCAAAGACGGCGCCACCGAAAGCUCAUUUACGAGAUGAAGUUCUCCUCCAGAGACAAAAUGAAUACAUCAAACGCAUAGGGAUCGACGAUUUGGACGAGGAUAGUUCACUAGAAUCCAUGCAAUCGGUGCCAUCUGUGGUGACCCGAAAGUUUAGCAAGGAGACGUUGGAUUUGGCCAUUGCCGAGUACCAUGUGCCGGACCAAAUCACCUACACACUGUGUAUGCAAGUAUUCGCAUUUCACGGGGAUUUGCGGCAAGUGCUGCAAAUCUUCCGCGAAAUGCUUUCUACCCCCGAUCAUACCCGCCCCUGGCUCAAGAAGGAGACAAUGUUUGAAGCGAAUCAACAAGCCUAUCGGUCACUUUUCAUGGCCUUUGUUAAAUUCACAAAUCGUAGUGCACGGCAAGCUCGAGUGCUUGUCGAGAGCCUCGGGGUGACAGCAGAAGCACAACAAGAAGAGGCAGAACAACAGGAAGAAGGGCAACUCGAAGAUGAUACAUGGAUUGAAGAAGCCCUUCGAUUCGUUUUCGAAUCCUUCCUAGAACUGGACCCUAACCAGUCGCGUCCAGGCAAUCGCACGAUUCGAUAUCUUAUGCAAGCCUUCCAGAACGUGACUCAAAACGAUACCCAGACACUCAUCUGGGUAUGGGCGUCACUGGAAGAGCGGUUUGGAAGGCUAAAGGUACCUCCAAUCUUUACGGAUAUUGCUCGUGCGGCUCGAGACCUCGAACCGUAA